AUGUAUGUAGUUUUGGGAAGUUCCUGCUGUGUGCUUGCUGGAUUUUUCGAUUCUAAUGGUGAGAGUUACAAUAACAACAAUAUAUGCCAACCUCUUCUAGGGCAAAGAAUCGAAUCCAUCGACUAUUUGUGGCAACUUAUUAGCAUAAGUGAUCCAAGUAACUGCAGCGCCAAACGUCUUCUUCAGGGAUUUGAUUACUUGAACACUCCUUUUCAGCCACUUUACGCUCGAAACUUCACGUUUCUCAACUGCACAUCCGAUGCACUGAUUUUCCCAAGUACCGGAGUAUCACCAAUUCCUUGUCUUAGUAGUGAAAGUUAUUCCGUCGUGGCUUUACCGAAUGAUCGUUACAAUGGCUCCAAUAUAUUGAGUUGUUCGGAGAUAGCAACAUUGCCAAUCGUGUGA